AUGAAUACACGCCCAGUGCAUACAUACCUACCCUUCGCCACCGGCCCUCGCAAUUGCAUUGGUUUUCGAUUUGCUUUAUUAGAGCUCAAGUUUACGUUAGUUAAGCUGUUGUAUAGGUAUGAGUUUGUUGCCUGCGCUGAGAUCAAGGACAUGGAGUGCUUUAAUCAACUCAUUCAAUUAGCCAGCCUUAAGUGUAUGAUGGUCAAGAUUAAGCAG